GUCUGUCCACGGAGGACGUUGUUUUGUUCCUGUUUCAGGAGAUUCGAUUAACACACAAACAUAAAUAAUGUUUAAUCUCGCAUCUGAAGAUUAAAACCGAAUGUGAUCAACUAAGGGUUCUUGUGUUUUUUAUUUUUGACGUCUGAUCAGAAUGGCGGAGGAAAGUCAACACGUGAUUAGUGUUGUCACUGAUGACGAUCAGUACAAAGAAAAGUUCAAGAAGAGUCACCAUGUUGCUUUUUACAGACGACAGAUGCACAGUCCAAACCGAAAGCACCGAGCUCUUCUGGACACCAUGGUGCUCACAGAGAGGGGGGCACGAUUUGACCUGCUGGAGCCCGACACACAGACACGUCUGCUUCUCUUGAUAUCGCCCUGCAAAAACGACACUGUCAGGAUCUUAAUAGAUGAACUCCAGCCCAUUAAAGCACGAUACAGAGUUCCAGAUGUGCUGACGGAUGAACCACAGUGUGAACAGUUGAGGGUGGAGACACAGACCGGGGACGCCGUCACCCUCUCGUGGUCGUCUGGAUGCCAUCAGGUGCGUGUGCGGAGUUUUCCUUUCCAACUGGAGAUCCUGUGUGAAGAUGACGUGACGCUCACAUUUAAUGCCAAAGAGAAACUGUGGUUUGAGACGCUGCAGGAUCGGCCCAGGUCCACAUCUCAUAGCAGUGAGACUCCAGAGGAGCCCACAGCUUCAUUAUGGAAAGAGACUUUCCGCCACUUUGAGGAUAUUAAAGCUAAUGGUCCUAGCAGUAUCGGUGCAGACUUCUGUCUCCAUGGUUUCAGUCAUGUGUACGGUCUUCCAGAACACGCUGACAGCCUGCAGCUCAGAGACACCAGAGAUGGUGAACCUUACCGCUUGUAUAACUUGGAUGUCUUUGCCUAUGAAUUGAACAGUCGCUUCGGCCUCUACGGGUCAGUGCCACUCUUGGUGGCCCACAAACUUGACAGAACUGUGGGAAUCUUUUGGCUGAAUGCGUCAGAGACUUUUGUGAACAUAAAUUACAGUUCCAGUGAGGAUCAGGAAGAACAAACCCCACCAGCGAAGAGACGGAGGAUGCGGCCACACACUGACGUCCACUGGCUGUCAGAGAGUGGUGUGAUCGACUGUGUGGUUCUGCUCGGGCCCGGUCCACAGCAGCUCUUCAGCCAGUAUGCUCAGCUGACAGGACAUCAGGCCCUGCCCCCUUUGUUCGCCCUCGGUUACCACCAGUGCCGCUGGAACUAUGACAGCGAGGCUGACGUGAAGGCUGUGGAUUGUGGAUUUGACCUCCACAACAUCCCGUACGACGUUAUCUGGCUGGACAUUGAGCACACGGAUGGGAAGCGUUACUUCACCUGGGACAAAGUUCACUUCCCCAACCCGACUGGCCUGCAGCGCCACCUGGAGAGGAAGAAAAGGAAGUUGGUGAUUAUAAAUGAUCCUCACAUCAAAUUUGAUCCUGAGUGGUCCUUGUUCUGUGAGGCCAGAGAUGGAGGACAUUUUGUCAAGGACAGGGAGGGACAACUCUAUCAGGGCUCAUGUUGGCCUGGUAAGUCCUGUUACCUUGAUUUCAGCAGCGCAGCCACUCGAGCCUGGUACUCCAGAUGUUUCUCCCUGGAGAAAUACAAGGGGUCGACUCCGUCUUUAUUUGUGUGGAAUGAUAUGAACGAACCGUCUGUGUUCGACGGGCCAGAGCAGACGAUGCCAAAGGACGCAGUGCAUUAUGGCGGCUGGGAACAUCGGGAGCUGCACAACCUGUACGGCUUUUACCAGCACAUGGCCACAGUGGAAGGUCUGAUCACUCGCUCAGGAGGUUCACAAAGACCUUUUGUCCUUUCACGCUCCUUCUUCGCCGGAUCACAGCGACUCGGUGCAGUAUGGACCGGUGACAAUGUUGCCAACUGGGAAUAUCUGAAGAUCUCAAUUCCAAUGCUUUUGUCAAUCAGUGUGACCGGGGUAGUGUUUUGUGGAGCCGAUGUCGGUGGGUUUGUCAAGGACCCAGAUCCGGAGCUGUUGGUGCGUUGGUACCAGGCUGCUGCUCUGCAGCCAUUUUUCCGAGGUCACUCUGCAAACGUGACAAAGCGCCGAGAGCCUUGGCUGUUCGGCGAGGAGGUGACGGCGGCGAUCCGCACCGCAAUCCAGCAGAGAUAUUGCCUGCUGCCGUACUGGUACACUCUGUUCCACAAGGCUCACACCACUGGUCUGCCUCCAAUCAGACCUUUGUGGGUGGAUUUCUCGACAGAACAGAGCACCUUUGCUGUGGACAACCAAUAUAUGAUCGGUGGAGCACUGCUCGCCCGUCCUGUCACUGAACCAGGUGUUCAGGAGGUCACAGUGUUACUGCCUGGAUGCGCUGAGAUCUGGUACAAUGUCCACUCUGCAGAGGCGCACAACGGAGGCAGGACACUGAGUCUUCCUGUCACUCUGGACACAGUUCCUGUGUUCCAGCGCGGAGGAUCAGUGGUGUGCAGGUCAACAGGGAGUGGCUCCUGCACAGAUGAGAUGCAGCGGCUGCCUCUUUCCAUCACUGUGGCUCUAAAUUCUCAGGGAGUCGCUGAAGGUGAGUUAUACCUGGACGACGGCCACUCUUUCAGUUACCGUGACAGCAAGGCCUUCUGUCUGUGCAGGUUCAGCUUGAUGUCAGGCCGGCUGCUCUGCCGUUCUGCCAGCGAUGAAGGCGUCUUCGACUGUAACACCAUCGUCAGCUCCGUCACCGUCCUGGGCGUGAAGAGCAAACCGUCCGCUGUGACCGUGCACGCGUCAGGUUCCAAAGACUCUUCUGCUGUGUUUCACUACACAGACUCCUGCGGUCAGCUGACAGUGAGCAGCCUGAACCUCAGGGUGGUGAUGGACUGGGACAUACAGAUUACAGAUUAACAUUGAUGCGACUGCUGGGUCACAUUGAAAAGGUCUUAAUAUUGAUAAUUAUUGUGAGAAAAGUCUGAUAAUCAAAGAUGGAUUUUUGCACCUGAGUGAAUCAUAUGUGAUAUAAGUGCGCAAAUAAUAUUAUAUGAAAUUACACUGCAAUAAUUCUUGUUUUUGAAUUAUUGCUCAGACCUUGUGCACUCACAUGGAGUGCAUUUUCAUUUAUCUGAAUUAAAGGGGUGGCACAGUAAAAAAACAAAACUUUUUACUAUUGGUAAAAAUAAUACUUGAUUGAUCAUGAAUUUAUGUAUUUAAAUGAAGAGACGGGGGAAGGUUCUCUGAACAAACCACUGCGCUUCAGCGGUCAGGACUUCAACACCCUGAGACAGGAGUGUCUUCAAAAGAAGAGUGUUUGU